UUAAUAUUUAAAGGAAAAAGGAUAUUAUUUUCUCCUGUGAAGAGUGCCGUUCUUGGUCGCAUGUUACAUUUUCCAGUAUCAAUCUCCUUCUAUUCGCUUCUUCCAAUUCCGUCUUCGUUCUCGUCGUCUCUCGCAUGGCGGACCUUUACCAAUAAGCAGAAGCUCAAUUCCCAUUCAUUUUCCGGCCAGAAUUCAAUCCCCAUUUCCCCCCAAACUUCUCCUCCGAUUUCUCAUUCUAUCUGCUCUCUUCUCCUACUCCCAACCUUAUUGCAUUCUUCUCACACGCAUUGCUUUCAUACACCCUACCCUUCAUCACUUACCCAAACUCCUUUUCUUUUCCCUUCCUUCCAUUUCCAAUCGCUACUCUGAAGGGGUCUUCUGAUUGAAUUGUUUGUGGGGUUUCAAGUGUUGCUUCGAAAUUCUGAGUCUUCUUCCUCUGUCUACGUAGAUAUGAUCUUCAUUCCUAUCUCUACCGCCCUUUUACGCUGAGAUGAGGGGCUUCUGAGUUAUUCACACUUGCUUCCAAUUCGUUAUUUGGGGGAAGAUGGAUGAGGGAAAGAGAGUUGCUCUUCUUCCUUCCGUUGCAUUUCCUUUCAAAUAGUUUUUAUAUCAUUGCCAUUGCGUUCUUCUGCGGCCAGGCUUCAAACUUUGCGAUUACCACUUCUAGUGUAGGAGGUUUCAAGCAAUAUUGUUAUUGUGAGUCAGAGCUCAGUAAUGAUUUCACUGUCAUGCAUGGAUAUGUUCAGUGAUUAUGAUUUAUAGGGUGGAUUUUAUUGUCGGUGGAGAAUAAUUCUGCAAGACAAGGGGUGGAGUUUGCAGCACUUUCGUGCUCUUCCGCGGGCAUUAGGAAGGACUAGUACCUUGGUGGUGUUUUGUCUUAAUCAUUAUUCAAAGAAUGUGGUAAAGGAUGCAAGAAGUGUUAUGCUGUUAUGUUUGAUCAUGUUUAAUACUCAUUAUGGAAAGAAGUGAACCUACAUUAGUUCCAGAGUGGCUGAGAAGUUCUGGAAGUCUUUCUGGGAGUGGAAUUUCAGCUCAACAAUUUGCAUCGUCUUCUUCUCACUCAGAUAUUUCUUCUCAAGCUCAUUACUCAAGGAGUAGAACUUCAAAGAGCAUUAGCGAUAUAGAUAAACCACAUUUUGAUUUCUUGGAUUGGUCAUCUUCAUCAAGCUCGAGGAGGAGUUCUAGUAAUGGAUCUGGAAAGAAUGCUUACAGUAGUUUCAAUAGGAAUCAUCGUGAUAGAGACCGUGACAAGGAGAAAGAAAUGUCAAAUCUUGGGGACCCCUGGGGCUAUGACUUUUCUAGCCCUCUGGUAAACAUAUUUUCCAGUAGAGUUGAGAAGGAAACUUUGCGGCGUUCUCACUCAAUGGUAUCUAGGAAGCAAGGUGAUUUAUUUCCUCAAAGAGGUGCUGUCGACUUGAAAAGUGAAGGCUAUAAUCAUAAGGUUAACAGUAAUGGCUUUCACUCAGGAAGUACAAUUAACGGUAUCACUGAUAAGGCUGUUUUUGACAAGGAUUUUCCAUCACUUGGAUCAGAAGAAAGGCAAGGAGCACCAGAUGUAGGAAGAGUAUCAUCUCCUGGCUUGACCACAUCUGUUCAGAGCUUGCCUAUGGGAAGUUCAACUUUUAUUGGCCGGGAGGGAUGGACAUCAGCUCUGGCUGAGGUGCCAACUAUCCUCACAGGCAGUCUGGCUGCUCCAUCAUCUGUUCAACCGACUGUUGCUGCCACUUCUGGGUUGGGGUCCCCAAAUGCAACAACUCCACGCAAGAUGGCUGAAGCUUUAACACAGGCACCAACAAGAGCGCGUGUUGCUUCUCAGUCAACUGAGUUAUCUGUCAAGACACAGAGGCUUGAGGAAUUGGCUAUUAAGCAGUCCAGGCAAUUAAUCCCAGUAACACCUUCGAUGCCUAAAGUUUCUGUUCUUAAUUCUUUUGAAAAAUCUAAGUCCAAAGGAGCAUCCAGACCUGCUGAAAUGAAUGUGCCUGGCAAGGGCGGUCAACAACAGCUCUCCCUGGUGCAACAUAAUAGUCAGCCUCUUCGAGGUGGACAAGUCAAGUCCGAUUCUCCAAAGACCACUCAUGGGAAAUUUCUGGUUCUCAAACCAGUAUGGGAGAAUGGCGUGUUAAAGGAUGGCUCAAAUCCAAUUAGUAAUGUUAACAGUAGAACUGCAAAUUGCCAACCUUCUUCUGUUGCCUCUUCAGCAACACCUAACACUUUAAGGAACCAAAACAACUUGAAUCCUUCAUCCUCUCUGGAGCGGAAGGUAGCUGCAUUGGAUCUGAAAUCAGGAUCCACUUUGGAAAAGAGACCCCCUUCUGCUCAAUCGCAAAGCAGGAAUGAUUUCUUCAAUCUCAUAAAGAAAAAAACUUUGGUGAAUGGUUCCACUUGUCUACAAGAUUCAGGUAUCUGCACAUCUUCCAUCAAGGAAAAAUCUGGGAUAGUGAACGGGGAAGUAGUUAGUGCUGCAGUGCAUCCUUCUACUGUUACUGAUGAUGAGGUAGCUAGCAAUGGCGAUACCACUGAAGAGGUUCAGAGGUUUUCUGAGGUUGUGAAUAAGAGUUUGAGCCCUAACAAAGCAUUAUGUACAGAUGAGGAAGAGGCUGCAUUUCUUCGUUCUCUUGGAUGGGAAGAAAAUUCAGGAGAGGAUGAAGGACUAACGGAGGAGGAGAUUAAUGCUUUUUAUCAGCAGUACAUGAAGCUGAAGCCAUCUUUGAAGCCAAUCAGAUGUAAGUUACCAGAGCCCUCCAGUGCUGUCUGAAUCAUCUUUCCUGUGGGAUCUUUGUCAGUUUAGACUCAUCAGACUUGGUGAUCCCGAAUGCCUAAUAUCAACUUGUUUUUGUGGUAAGUUGUCUAGGGUUUCUUCCCAUUUUUCUUUUAGUAGAGUAAAAAAAAAAAAAAAAAGUUGACAAUGUUGGGCAGGAAGCAGAGACUAGAGAGUGAGUGUUGUUUUGGCAAAGUGCAAUAAGUCAAUAGGUAACGAAGUCUCUGCUUGCAUACAAGUUUACAUCUUGAUUUUUUUUCCCCCUUACUUUUUCGUUUUUCUGAAGGACAGUUAGGAAGGGGUCGGAUAGGUGCUGUACUUUUGUUUGCAAUUGCAACUGAAGAUGGUACUGCAAUUUGCAUAUUUACAAUAUUUGGGCCCUUUUUGUUAAUCUUUAAGAUUGAUCCUUAAAAAGGCCUGCUUUGCUUUUCAUGAGUUUAAAGAAGGAAAAAAAAAUUAAUUUUGACCCUUA